GGGACUUCCGGCAUUGUUCUUGUGGCGGUCAUCUUGGUGACCCUCAGGUGUCCCACCUGAUGGGAUUCUACGUUGUCUCUGCCGCCCAAGGUUUCCAUGGCUUCAGAAACAAAGAGUCAUGCACAAGACAGUAUGACUUUUGGGGAUGUGGCUGUGGACUUUUCCUGGGAGGAGUGGAAGCUUCUCGAUGAGACUCAGAGACUCCUGUACCGAGAUGUGAUGCUGGAGAACUUUGCCCUCGUGGCCUCACUGGGACUUGCAUCUUCCCAGAUUCGUGUACUUGUCCAGCUGGAGCUGGGGGAACAGACCUGGGUGCCUGAUGGGGCAGCCUUGAUGCCCGCCACAGCAGGAGGGCCCUGGUGGGGAACUGGCUCUGGUUCUUGGUUUCGAGUGGAAGAUGAGGAGGCACCUUCUCAAGGAGGGUCACAGGCUUGGGCUCCCAGGGCCACUUCAACCAUCCUGAGAGCCUACCCUUGUGGAAUGUGUGGCCCAGUCAUGAAAGACAUUUUGCUGCUGACUGAGCAGCAGGGAAUAAAUCCCAAGCACAAAAUGCAUACCUGCGGGGCAUGUGGGAGACAAUUUUGGCUUAGUAUAAGUAUCCCCCAGAAGCAGCAAAGUGGGAAGAAACAACUAAGAGGGGAUAAUGACAGGGCUUUGGAUGUUAAAAAUGGUCGAGUCCACAUGCCAGAGAUUCCUUUUACAUGUGAGGAUGGUGGGAAGGACUUCCUACCCAGGUCAUGCCUUCUGCAGCAUCAGAUCACUCACACCAUGGAGAAUUUACCCAUAAGCCCUGAGUGCAUGAAGGCUUGUCACACUGGAGAAAAACAUUACAGGUGUAGUGGAUUUGGGAAAUCUUUCGGCUUUGCACACAGUUUUCAUCAACACCAGAAAAUUCACACUGGAGACAAGUCUCAUGAGUGUAGUGAAUGUGGUAAAUCCUUUAGACGGAAAUGCAGACUUGUUCAGCAUCAGAAAAUCCACAAUAGAGAAAGAACUUAUGAAUGCAGUGAAUGUGGGAAGUCUUUUCGACAAAGCUAUGGUCUUAUUCAACAUCAGAGAGUUCACACAGGGGUAAAACCUUACAAGUGUAGUGAAUGUGGGAACUUUUUUAGCUGUAAAACCACAGUAGUUCGGCACCAGAGAAUUCACACUGGAGAAAGGCCUUAUGAAUGUAGUGAAUGUGGGAAAUCCUUCAGACAAAGAUCUGGCCUCAUUGGACACCAGAGAGUUCACACUGGGGCAAAACCUUACCAGUGUAAUGAAUGUGGAAAAUUCUUUAGUCGCAAAAUCACACUUGUUCGGCAUCAGAGAAUCCACACUGGAGAAAGACCCUAUAGGUGCACUGAGUGUGGGAAGUUCUUCAUCCAAAGCUCUGGCCUUAUUUCACACCAGAGAGUUCACACUGGUGAAAAGCCAUAUGAGUGCUCUGAGUGUGGGAAAUGUUUUAGCCAUAGAUCCAGCCUCAAUUUACAUCAGAGGGUUCAUACUGGUGAAAGGCCUUAUGAAUGCAGAGAAUGUGGGAAAGCCUUCAGUCUUAAAUUUACACUUGUUAGACACCAGCAAAUUCAUAAUGAAGAGAGGCCUUACGAAUGUAGUGAAUGUAGGAAAUUGUUUACCCACAAGUCCGGUCUUGUAAAACAUCAAAGAAACCAUGUUGGAGAAUAACCUUAAGCCAAUGGCUUUUUCUCCUGUGGUACCAGAGAGUUUACCCUAGAGAAAGGCCCUGGAGUGCAAGUAGCAUCCUCUUUGGUCAACCAUGAUGACCCCAGAGAAGCUCUUGAGAGCAACCCUUGUGAAGAAGGCAUUGGUCACAAGUCAGAUCUCAUUUGGACAUUCACACUGGAGAGAUUCUCUAAGAGAUGUGUGGGAAGCUUUCAGGAGCUGCGCUUUCUAACCUGCCCAAAGUCCUUUCCUGAGCAUGUCGCUGCCAGUACCUGUGACCGAAGCCAUUACAUGUCUGGCAGCUUGCUAGUGUAUUUCAGGUUAUACAGUGUGCACAGGGGAGGCAGACUUCUGCUCUCCCCUUCCCUGGAGGAGAUCAUGAGUAGUGUGAGGUCAUUGAAUUCUACAUAAUUACAAGGACUUCUUGGAUGUGAUUAGUAGAGUUGUGGUCAAUAAACUCAACAUCACCAUCUGAAUGUGCAGAAAUGCUUGGGUCACUCUCUGUGGGGGAAAAGGGUAGACUGAGAGUCUCGGGUCUUCAGAUUUAGUUUCUCCUGUAGACCUGGUCACUGGGCGAGCAGGUGAUCUAAACGUUGUUAGGACCAUUGAGGCUGUUUGGGCGGAUCACCUGAAGCUCUUUGUUACACAGGCAAGAAGGAGAGACAGAGGAGAGAGAUUAUGAUCCAGUCAUAUGACUUCUGACUCACUCACAGCCUUUUUUACUCAGCAGUCUGCUCCCAUUGAGGCAGUGUUAUCAUUUUGAAAGGGUGAAGAUAGUUAUGGUGAAAUCAGUCUGGGUUUGCCAAGUCUGAUUUUUCAAGAGAAGCAGGAGGUCCAUAUUUUUGUGUUAAACUA